GUCUUCUUCCUUCUCUGACCUAUUUCUUUCCAUAAUAACGAUGAUCGAAACUCAACAUUAGGUUUAAUCGAAUCUCCCAAAUUAGCCAUUGCAAUGGCUCACCAAGCUCUCUAACACUCACAAGUCAAAAACCCCAUCACCGUCGAAUCUCCUUCUCUUCCUUUCAUUCCUAUAUGUAACUAUUGCGAAUGGGCUCACAAACCGGUACGAAGCCUUUGAAACCUGCAAUGAAACCUUCAAAUGCUUCUUCCUUCUCCGUCAGAUCCUCCGUCGCUGUCUCGUCUCACUCGGCAAUGGUGGAAUUGAAGCAAAGGAUCUUAACCUCUCUCUCUAGAAUCGGCGAUCGCGACACUUACCAGAUCGCAGUCGAGGAUCUCGAGAAAUUCGUCGUCUCCGUCUCCGAUUCUCCCGAAAUCCUCCCGGUGCUACUCCAUUGCCUUUUCGAUUCCUUCGCCGAUCCUAAAGCCCCCGUCAAGAGAGAAUCAAUACGACUCCUCUCUUUUCUCUGCCUCUCUUAUUCCGAUCUCACCUCUUCGCAGCUCUCCAAAAUCAUCUCCCACAUCGUCAAACGCCUCAAGGACGCCGAUAACGGCGUGCGCGACGCUUGCCGCGACGCAAUCGGGUCUCUCUCCGCGCAUUUUCUGACGGAGAAGGAGGGAAAUGGAAAUUGCGCUGGGUCUUCGUUGGUGGGGCUCUUUGCUAAGCCCUUGUUCGAGGCUAUGGCAGAGCAGAACAAAAGCUUACAAUCUGGUGCUGCGAUUUGUAUGGGGAAGAUGGUGAAUUCAGCAUCGGAGCCUCCCGUUGCAGCUUUUCAAAAGCUGUGCCCUAGAAUCUCAAAGCUUUUGAAUAGCCCCAAUUACAUUACUAAAGCUUCCCUCUUACCUGUAGUUGGAAGCUUGUCUCAGGUUGGAGCUAUUGCACCCCAGAGCUUGGAAUCAUUGCUACACAGCAUUCAUGAGUGCCUUAGAUGUACGGAUUGGGUUACUCGUAAGGCAGCUGCUGAUGUCUUAAUCUCCUUGGCCGUCCAUUCUACUACUCUGGUUGCAGACAAAACGGAUUCCACUCUUACAGCUCUUGAGGCCUUUCGUUUUGAUAAGAUAAAACCUGUUAGAGAGAGCUUGUCCGAAGCACUAAACGUCUGGAAGAACAUUACUGGGAAAGGUGAAUCUGGAACAUCUGAUGACCAGAAGGAUGUAUCAUCUGAGCAAUGUAUAUUGGAAAGGAAUGGAGAAACCGAUUCAAUUUCAUGUGAGGGAGCAGGACCGGUGAUGCAAGGCUCUUCUGAUGGUUUGAGCAGUAACUCAGAUUCCAUUUCCAGAGCAGUUCUCAUCUUGAGGAAGAAAGCACCUCGGUUGACUGGCAAAGAUCUUAACCCAGAAUUUUUUCAGAAACUGGAAAAAGGAGGUUCUGGUGAUAUGCCUGUCGAAGUGAUUCUUCCCUGUAGGCAAAAGAAUUCGUCAAACUCAAACACAGAGGAUGAAUCAGACGCCAAUACUUCAGUAUCGAGGAGUAGGUCAAAAGGUUUGUGCAGAACAGGUGGUGUCCAUUCCAAACAAAGACAUUUUGGAGAUUUUGCUAGAGAGAAAUGGGUAGAUGAAAGAAUGAACGGAGGCGAAUCACGGUUGAGAUCAUUUGAUGGAGAUCAGACCGAAGUAAUCCAGGCGGAGGGAUCUGAAAACAGAGGGAAUUGGCCACCUUUACAGAGACAGCUAUUGCACUUGGAGAGACAACAAACUCACAUAAUGAACAUGUUGCAGGAUUUUAUGGGUGGUUCACACGAUGGCAUGAUAAGUUUGGAGAACCGUGUUAGGGGUCUUGAGAGGAUUGUAGAAGAGAUGUCAAGAGAAAUUUCCAUACAAACAGGUGUUAGGGGAAAAGCGGCAACAUGGAGGUCAGAUGUAGAUGGAUGGGAUAGUCCUACCUAUGGAGCUUCUUCGAGAAACGCUCAAACCAGCACAAGAAGAAUACGAGGCACUGGUCCUGUGGACUCUGAGCACUCAGGUAACGGCAGAAGAGCUUGGGACAAAAGCUCUGUCCCUAUUAGACUAGGUGAAGGACCUUCUGCUAGAAGUGUAUGGCAAGCUUCAAAAGAUGAAGCUACUCUUGAAGCAAUACGUGUGGCUGGAGAAGACGGUGGAGGAACGUCAAGGGCAAGGGGAGUAUCUAUUCCCGAAGCAGAAGCAAUAAUGGACGGUUAUGAUGAUGACCGUGGAGGACAAGAGCAUGACACUAUCUGGACUUGUUGGAGCAAUGCGAUGCAUGCACUCCGAGUUGGUGAUACGGAUUCUGCAUUUGCUGAGGUAUUAUCAACAGGGGACGAUCUUUUGCUUGUCAAAUUAAUGGACAAAACCGGUCCUGUUCUCGAUCAACUCUCGAAUGAUAUUGGAAACGAGGUUGUCCACUCUAUUGCACAGUUUCUCCUGGAUCAUACUCUGUUUGAUAUAUGUCUAUCUUGGAUUCAACAGCUGCUAGAGGUAAGUGUAGAAAACGGAGCAGCGUUUAAGGGAAUACCAUUGGAGUUAAAGAAGGAGCUUCUGUUGAAUCUACACGAAGCUUCUUCAACAACGGAUCCUCCCGAGGACUGGGAAGGUCUAGCUCCCGACCAUCUUUUGAUCCAAUUAGCAUCUAACUGGUCCAUCGAGCUCCAACAUUUUGAACCGUAAAUGUUUGAAAAGAAAAACAUCACACUGUACAGAUAUUAUGAUUCUUUCACUUGUGAAUCCAGUUCAAGCUGUAUUCUUUGUUGGAUAUGAUUCUUUUGAGUCAA